AGCCUCCUCAACGAUACUCUCAAGAGCCCACCCAUAUCGGUCGGUCCGUUUAUCCACUAACGUAACCCAUCCCAUACAACUCAACAGGCCACAGUCCACUCAAUCUCCAGAGUCCACCCCAAAAUCCAACAUUAAACGCAAAAACCAAAAACGGCGACGCUCCGUUUUUCGUUGACGACGCCAACCAACAAACCAUGAGCGCUCAAUUGCGCCAAGACGAUGACGAGCCGAAGCUCCAAGAUGCCAAGGACGAAGAAGCAAACCGCUUGCUACAGCCGCAGUCGCUGUCGCUGUCGUCGGCAUGGGACGACGACGACGAGGUGGCAUUCGAGGCCAGAGAGAAGAUCCUGAUUGCCGAAGACGUGGACUCAAUCGACGCCGUCGAUGACAAUUCCACGGCGGUCCCGCCCUUCUCGUGGAAGAAGCUCUGGCUGUUCACCGGUCCGGGUUUCCUGAUGAGUAUAGCGUUCUUGGAUCCGGGUAAUUUAGAAGGGGAUCUCCAGUCGGGCGCGAUCGCCGGGUACUCGCUGCUCUGGCUUUUAAUGUGGGCCACCGCCAUGGGCCUGCUGGUCCAGCUGCUCUCGGCUCGGGUCGGAGUUGCCACGGGCCGGCACUUGGCGGAGCUUUGCAGGGAGGAGUAUCCGAAAUGGGCCGCGUUGGUGCUCUGGUUCAUGGCUGAGCUGGCGUUGAUUGGGGCGGAUAUUCAAGAGGUGAUUGGGAGCGCCAUUGCUAUUCAGAUUCUUAGCCAUGGGGUUUUGCCGCUCUGGGCUGGAGUUCUCAUUACGGCGUUGGAUUGUUUCAUCUUUUUAUUUCUUGAGAACUAUGGGGUGAGGAAGUUGGAAGCUGUUUUUGCAGUUCUCAUAGCAACUAUGGGUUUAUCGUUUGCCUGGAUGUUUGUUGACACAAAACCGAGUGGAAAAGAACUAUUAAUGGGGAUUCUGGUUCCAAGACUUAGCUCCAAAACAAUUCGGCAGGCUGUGGGGGUUGUGGGUUGUGUCAUUAUGCCACACAACGUAUUUUUGCAUUCUGCCUUAGUACAGUCAAGAAAUAUCGAUCCCAACAAGAAAGGACGGGUUCAAGAGGCACUAAACUACUACUCAAUUGAGUCAUCAAUUGCACUUUUUAUCUCCUUCAUGAUCAAUUUGUUUGUCACCACUGUUUUUGCUAAGGGAUUUUAUGGUACUAAACAAGCUGAUAGUAUAGGACUAGUAAAUGCUGGUCAGUAUCUUCAGGAGAAGUAUGGAGGAGGGCUUUAUCCGAUUCUUUAUAUCUGGGGUAUUGGGUUAUUGGCGGCUGGGCAAAGUAGUACAAUAACUGGGACAUAUGCUGGGCAGUUUAUCAUGGGGGGCUUUCUUAAUCUCCGUUUGAAGAAGUGGCUGAGGGCAUUGAUCACACGAAGUUUUGCAAUUGUGCCAACUAUAGUUGUAGCAAUUAUUUUUAAUCGGUCUGAGGCUUUGUUGGAUGUUUUGAAUGAAUGGCUUAAUGUGCUUCAGUCGAUUCAGAUUCCGUUUGCUCUUAUACCACUUCUUACUUUGGUGUCCAAGGAGCAGGUCAUGGGGGUCUUUAAGAUUGGACCUGUUCUUGAGAGAGUGGCAUGGACUGUGGCUGCUUUGGUGAUGGUGAUAAAUGGUUAUCUGUUGUUGGAUUUCUUCAUUUCUGAAGUCAAUGGACUGCUGUUUGCUCUUCUGGUCUGCAGUGGCACGGCUGCAUAUAUAACAUUUAUUGUAUAUCUUGUUUCACGUAGUGGUGCUCUCCCGUCCACAUUUUUCAGUUCAUUGUCCAAGAAGUUUGCAGACGCGGGGAAUUGAUUGAACAAAUCCAUGUGAUUGCACGAAGCUCUGCAUAUCUGAGUUAUGCAUGCUGCUGUGAACCAAAGCAAAAGCCAGUUAGGCGGCGCGAGGGUCUUUGAUCUGCUCUUUCAGGAGUGAAAGCAUUCUUUCGACGUAACGGUCUCUAACCUUGGUGCAUAUGUUAAAGUGAGUAUACAAAUUUAGACAACUGAAGGUCUUUUUGCAUUAUGGAGCUACACAGUCAUCUUGGACAGGUUGAUGUCUGAUAACAUAAAAUAUUCUUUUCCCCAUUUUAGAUGAUGGACAAAGCAUCGUUGCGACAUUGCAGGAUGAAUUAUGAAUUACCUUGGCUGUAAAACAUGUAGUGUUCCCCUCUUGAAACUUUAGAAAAUUGGAACGAAUUGCUUUAUUAUUCUUGAGGUCACAGUUUUAUCGUGUACUGUAGUGAAACCGGUAAAUCUUUGUUCCUCUGAGAAGAUCAGUAACUUUAUACAAAAUGACGAAGUGAAGUUUGCAA